AUAAAAUAUUAUUUAAUUAAUUUUAGAAAGAUGAAAGUGUUUGUGUGUUUUGUUUUGAGUUACAUCGCCUGCGCGUACGCCGGCACUUUGCCGUCAUUCAUCAAACCAUGCUCGAGAUCUGAUCCGAACUUGAAUGAGUGUGUGGAAAAAGUCAUAUCGGUGGCUGGAGCGAAGUUCAGCGAAGGUAUCCCGGAGUUGGGCAUUGCUCCCCUCGACCCUGUGGAGUUGGGCACCGUGGUCGUUGACAAUCCAGCCUUGAAACUCACAUUCACCGACACUGUCGUCACCGGUUUGAAAGGAUUCAGAGUAAAUUCUUACAAGAUCAACCCAGACAAGGGCAAGGCCACCUUGGACUUCACAGCCAACGUAACAUUGAAGGCCCACUACGACAUGAACGGACAAGUUCUCAUCCUGCCCAUCAGGGGUAACGGACAGUCCAAGAUCAAAAUCACGAACCUCAACAUUGUCGUCAAGUAUGACUUCGAAGAAAAAGACGGACAUUGGAUAGUGCCCAGCUACAAGGACCACUACAAGAUGGACAGAGCUCAGUUCAAGUUUACCAAUUUAUUUGGGGGGAACAAGGAACUCGCACAAACAACAGAAAGAUUUACAAAUGAAAACUGGGAGAUUAUAAUGAGUGAGAUCGCACCGCCCGCACUCAAGCAGAUCAUUAAAAAAUGCGUCGAUCAAGUGAAGAAGUUCUUCGGCUCAAUCCCUGCCAAAGAAUUACUGCCCUGAAUGGUGAAACAAUCCACCAAGUUAUAAAUGUUAACUGGGAGCCUGUGAUGCGGGACAUCGGCCCGGCCGCCUUCCAACAAAUCAUCAAAGCGUGCGUCGACGAAGCGAAGAAGCUGUUCGCAGCAGUUCCACUCAACCAACUGCUGCUACCAUGAACUUCAAUCACUUAUCAACACACAAGUAGUACC